UCGAAUCAUCAUCAUCAUCACCAUCACCAUCAACAGCAACAGCAACGAAAGUCACAAAAGGUUUGACAAGACAGGUGAGAGAAAAUCGUGCAGCACAGCGAGUGUUCGGUUAGCACUCAGUAUUUUACCUGGGUGGGGGAUUGAGAGCAGUAAAAAGCCCCCAUGGUAACAACAGGCGGGUGGUUAGCACGCAAAAUGUUGCCCCACAAUCGUCUAGAAGAAGUCGGGUUCGAACGACAGAAGAGUUGGGUAGGUUUUACCCGUCGUUUAACGAAAUCUAACAAUAUCAACAAUUGUGGUUUCUCGUCUGAUUCAACAUGGAGCCAAAGUGAUUUUCCUCAACGAAACACAUUAUUGUCCAAUAUGAGAACCAAGUCAGCAGCAUAUUCCUGCUUCCAAGAGCAGCAAAGCUUUCAUCUUGAUGACAUGACCCCAUUUUCAAGAAGUAGCAUUCUACGAACAGAGCCUUGUGCAAACAACUUACAAUCUGCCAUUUCUUCAUCUCCACUUUUCUCUUUGGCAUCACUCGAUGAGUCUCAGCAACUUAGAAACAUUGACUAUGGCAAGGAUUCAUCCGCGUUUCCAGUUUCAGACAGACAACCAUGGCACAUCGACAGGAUUAAACACAAAAACAAUCGCAGGAGAACCGUUAAAUGUGAAGACGAAGACAACAGUGGUAAUUUCUUGAUGGUAUGGAACCGUUCCAUACCUCUAUGUGCCACAACCAGUUCUACCACCUCUACUAACAAUACUGCUUCAUGCCACACCAAUAUUAACAACACUAACUGGAACUUCAGUCCCACCAUAGAGUCAUUACAACAUUCAACCAACACCAAUUCUCAGGCUGAUAAUGUUGACAAAGUGGUUGCCAAUACUUCAAUCUGCAUACCAAGUCUUACAGAUCGAAACGGGAAAACCUUCCAGGGACUACAGUCAUCUGUUGCCCCGACAAUGACCUUCCAAAAAGCACCCUCACUUUGUAGUAAGCCCACUUACCCAACUGGUAGCGUUAGUUGGCCAGCAAGUCGAACUGUCAAUAAAGAAGCUGAAUUAUUAUACCAAGAUCCUGUCAGUGGGGCCCCUACCUCCUUUCUACAGCGAUUAAAUGAGAUUGCAGCCCUUGAAGCUGAAACUGUUCGCCAAGAGAGAGCACGGAAACUGAAGAAGAAGAACAAACACGAUAAGGAAUCUUACAGCUACUGACCAUUGGUCUCGGUAAGCUCAGGUCUCAGUUGGUAGAUUCAGGAAAUGGCUUUAUAGCACCCUGUGAUGUGAUGUGUAACAGGAGCCACCGGUGCAUACAGAGAUAUCUCGAUGUGGAACAAAGUAUUUCCAAGAGAUCCCAGCAAACAAAGUGCCAUAUAGAAAGAAUUGUGGGAUUUCAGCCAAAACACCCCUCACCAUCCCCCAUCUUACAAUUUUCUCACAGGAAAUCAAUAAUCAUCCCUUCAUAUGAAGUCGUUGAAUCAACAAAACUCUUUCUUGAAAUCAUAAUUAACAAAAUCAGAGAUUAUUCUAAAUAAAUAUUUACAAGAAUAUGUUUUUUAAA